AGUGACGCAGUGGCGUAAUCUUUUGCGGUCUGUCGGUUGCUUUGCGAUUCUUUCACAUAAACGGUAACGUAAAAUGGCGAAUUGGAGUUGUUAUUUACUUCUACGGAGUAUAACGAAAUAACUGUAAUACAAUUAAAGAAAUAUUUGUUAUCCUAGAAUUGAGGACUGUGUAUUUACUUCUUACACAAAGGUUUUAUCGUGCAGAUACUUAUUCGUCGUUCUACAGAUAUGAUAUUGAUGGACUGGUGUAAUCCGGUAUAGUUGUGAUAUCGAUCAUUUUACUCUACAUUGAUUAACAAAAGAUCAUAUUUGCAAGCAUUUAAGUCUUGAAUAAUAUGGCACAGUAUUAUAAUUUUGUGACUAAUGCCAGUGGUACGUUAACACUUGAAGAAGUACAGACAAUUUGCUCUGCAGAGGGACAAAGUGUACAAUUAGUUGUUGAAGACAUAAAUAAUGAUGGUAAUGGGUGUCAGCAAUUUUUGACUUAUACUACUGCACCACAAAACAGCGAGCAAGCGAUAUUUUCUCAGCAAAUUAACUUAGGAAGUCAAAUUGCUACAUCGCAAUUGGAGCAAGGACAAAGCGUUUUUAUAAUUAAAACAAAUACAAACGAGUUAGAUUCGUCUCAAGGUACAUUAAAGUCUGCGACAGUAAAUACUAAUACUAUAGGUAGAAAUAUUGUAAGCGUGGAUAAUAAAGGUUCUAAAGCAUUUGUAGAUUGCAACAAUGAUGUACAACAAUUACGAUGGAUAAAAAUGCAAGAAAAUAGUAUUAAUGUAAAUACGGUUUCAAAACAAGGUGUGCUCAUAUCAGAAAAAACUCAGACUGCCAAUGUGAAUGAAAAUCAAAAUAAUAGUUCUUCACAAACUGUGCUGCAUAAUUUCAUUGAAGUUGAUAAUGGAGUUUUAAAAAGGAAACCACUUAGGUCAUACCCAAAUAGAAAUCGAUGUUCAACAAAUAGUUUGCAAACGGGAACAUCAUCUACGCCUGAUAGGACGCAUGUUACAAGUACUGUAGGAACUCAAAUACAAAGCAUUAAUGUGUCUAGUAUUAAGACAACUACACCUUCACUUUCUAAUAAGCCAGUUAGUCCCAUUGGACAGAAUGUGACACAAAUUCCUACACAGAUACAUUCUCCUUUGGGCACAGUUCAUACUAGACCUCAAGCUCGCACUUUAAUGUCAAAAAAUUCCUUAAAGCUGCUACAGCCUAAAAUGGAACAAACAAGAUUGAAACAAAUGCCAAAUCAGAGACAAGUGCAAAAUGAUCAGAGAUUGCAAGGGGGUAACAUGCAACGAUUAUCAAAUGUUACUUCACCACUAGCACAGGGUUCAUUAAAUAGUCCUGCACAACGGCAGCAUACUGUUACAAAUGCAACACAGCAAAGACAAAUGUUAUCUUCAACCCCAUUACAGUUUCAAAAAUCAAUAUCUACACAAAAAUCUCAAUAUGAAGUAACACCCUCACUGUCAUCAUCACAGAACAUGAAUAACUCUAUGGAAGUUGAAUCUCCGGAAUCUCCACCACAUCCAGAUAAAAGUGGGGGAAAUCAAAAUUUCACAUCACAAACUGAUUCGGAAAACAGUUCAUCUGAAAGUAUUGCCUUUCUUCAAAAAGUUAUUCGCAAUCCAACAGAUACGAUAGUUCAACAUCAGAUAAAAGGAAAUACUGCAAAAAUGUUAGUUAUGUUCUCCAAUGGUGAACAAAGAUUAAUCACAUUUGAUAUACCAAAUGAAGAUUGUACUGUUCAAGAUUUAUUGGAACAGGCAAAUAUUACAUUUUGUGGAACAACAAAUGUUUCUUUAGUUUCUGAUCCUACUUUGGGUAUAAAUUAUAUUGUAGAAGCUGGCUCUAAUACAGUAACAUCGCACGAAACAUCCGAAAAUGACAAUUCCCAUGAAAACCUAAAUAAUAUAGAUUCUCCUAGGUCACCAGAUGAGAAUAGCAAUCCUGUGCAACAAAAUGAGGAGCCUAUAUACAUCGACGGAAUGUUAGCUGUUUGUUCGCACUGUGGUUUCAGUUCUCUCGAUUUUAAUCGGUGUCUAAGAUGUAAAAGAAAAUUACCAAAGGAUGUAAAAUCCAUUCCAAUGACAAUGGGUAUACAGGAAAAGAAAGAAACAAUGAUUUCAGUUGAUAGUUUUUAUAAGAAAAACAGUGAACGAAAUUCAUCUGCAAAAUUAGAAAAAUUAGAACGGGAUGGAUCAGUUUAUAAACGUGGAAGAGGGAGAGGGAAAGGUGUUACAAGAACUAGGCCUAUUCAUAAAGAGCCAGAAUGUUUAACAAUAUCGUCUGAUGAAGAAGAGGAGGGCAAAAAUAAGAAAAUGGAAAGCUCUAAUAAUAGUACAUGUUCACAAGAUGCAAGUAAUAAUUUUAAUGAAGAGAUGGACACUAUCCUCGAAAAGGAACCAGUAAUUACGAACAAUUCAGUUUCUAGUACAUGUUCUGAUUACGCUAUGGAGACUGACAAUAUAGUUAGAGAUAAUAGUGUUCAAUCUCCACAUACUUCAAUAUUGUGUCGAACAGUACGGAUAGGUUCUUACAAAUAUGUUCCUCGAGAAAGAGUAGUUAUCUCACAAAGUGGAGUAAGAUUUGGUGUACCUUUAUUAGAAGAUGAUAAAAACUUUGUAACAUUAGAAAUUAAAUUACAAGAUAUAGUAAGAGUAUUAAUUCAUUUUGGAAAAUCAAUGCCAGUGCUUUUCUUUUAUACGUCUACCAAUACUGGAGCUAUGAUUCGUGAAUUGUUAGGGAUGCAGGAUCCAAAAGGACCAUAUUACGAUCCUGCUGGAAAAGACCAUACACAUAAAAGAAUAACUUUACUGCCAGAAAAAUUGUCCGAAGACUCAAAAAUUGUAUUAAAAAAUUUGUUUUCACAAAGACGGUUGUUGGCUGAACUGAACACAAAAGAGGCGAAUGAUAUCCUUGUUCGAGCAUCGCCAAAAGAUACUUUAGGAAAGAAAGAUCAAAACAAUUCAAAUGGAAUACAGACGAUAACUGUGUAUCCCCCGCCGCCGGCAAAAGGUGGUAUUGCUAUCAAUACCGAAGAUUAUUUAUGUCUUGGAGAAGAUCAAUUUUUAAAUGACGUAAUUAUAGACUUCUAUUUAAAAUAUUUAACUUUGGAAGUCUUAUCAGAAUCUGACCAACACAGAACGCAUGUAUUUAGUUCAUAUUUUUAUAAGCGCUUGACAAGUCCUCACACUCAGGCGGUUGAAAGUAAUGUACCCCUUUCCCCAGCUGCCAAAAGGCAUGCGAGGGUACAAAAGUGGACAAAAAAUGUCAAUAUAUUUGAAAAGGAUUUUAUUAUUAUUCCUAUUAAUGAACAUGCUCAUUGGUUUUUGGCCAUUAUUUGUUUCCCCGGCUUGGUGGGUGAAGUGAUCCAACAAAGCGUACGACCCCAAGAAAAUGACGUUCGCAAGACCGUACAGAAAAGUAAAAGGUUAAAGGAAGUGAAACUACAGACUGUUACAAUUGGUAGUACAACUCUAACCCCGGUGACAACUACUAUAACCAUAGACCAACCCGAUGAUGGUUCAGAAAGAGAUGAAGCUGAAGGCGAUGAUGAAGAAAUGGAAAUGGAUAGCGAGGAUGAUGAGGAAUCUGAAUCGACGGAGAAUAAAAGUGCACCUCCAAAAGCUGAGCAACAUGUACCGCAAGAAAAAGAUACUGUUAAAGUACCAUGCAUAUUAAUAUUUGAUUCUCUGGCGGGAGCAAGUAGAUCACGUGUAGUGGCUACAUUAAGAGAUUACUUAAGUUGCGAGUAUGUUGCGAAAAUGGGAAGCGAGAAAGUAUUUUCGAAAGAUACCAUUAAAGGAGCAUCGUUAAAAGUUCCUCAGCAAUCAAAUUUCACUGAUUGCGGAUUAUAUGUAUUGCAAUAUGUGGAAAGUUUCUUUAAAAAUCCAAUUAAAGAUUAUACUUUGCCAAUAAAAACACUAAAAAAUUGGUUCGAAGAGAUAGUUGUAACAAGAAAACGUGAAGAGCUAUCAAAACUAUUGAUUAAGUUAAUGAAUUCAACCAAAGGAGAUAAAAAUAUUAAUAUACCUGCUGUAAACUUUCCUACGCAAGAUGGUAAAUUAAAAGCUAAGCCUGAAGUUGAUAUGAAAUCCAUAAAAACGGAAGUAGAUGAUAAGAAAAAGCCUACAGUAGAUGGGGAGAAUCGUGUUAGUAAUAAUAUGCCAAAUCAAACGGAGAAUACUGAACCAACUACCGAAAUAAUUAAUAAAACUACGUAUCAGAUCAUUCCUUAUUCUCCAUGUACAAGUUCCACUUCGACUGAAAGCAAUUCAACAGAGAUGUUUAAUCAAGCUAAAACACCUCAUCAGAGAUCGCCAAGCGACACGAUGUCUUAUUUAAAGUCGAAACGGAUUCCCAGGUUAAUGUUAAGAACAGAGAAUCAAGACGAUCUUCAGGCGCCCAAAAAGCACAAAGGAGAGUCUUUUGAUUCUUGUAAAUAAAUGUUACUUUCUUUUUUAUAAUGACAAAGUUAGCCCACAUUCAUAAACAAACAUGGAAUCAUUUACCUAUGUAAUAAAUGUAGUUAACACUUCAUAAGACGAAUAAAAACAUUCAAUCAUAACUAUA